CAAACAAACAAGCAAACAAAUAACCAAACAAUCAACUGCGAACCAGUAAUUUACGAAUCGAUGGUACAUUGACAAAGAACAGAAGAUUAGAGUUUGAACAUUUUGAUAUUACAUCUCAUCUGAUGAUAUCUGUCUAUUGUUCAAAUGUCACAUUUUUAAGCCUGGGUUAUAAUGCAGACUAUCGUAACCAUCUAGCAUUGGAUUAAGUACAACAAUCGAACAGGAAAUUGCUCAUGCAUGCUGGGUAAAUCUUCUCUCAGAUGCGAGUGCAUUCUGGGUAAGACCAUCCCUCUGAUAUAAAAACUGGUGACAUAUCUUGAAUUAAUAGAUGACAUCACUUUUACGUCAUGUCAUAAAGAUAUCUGAUAUCGGAGCAUGACAAAAUGACUGCAAGUAAAACUAACCCCCUCGUGAUUAAAACGGAAAUUAAUAUAUAAUGAAAAAUGUCACAAUUAUCCAAAAGGAGUAUUGAAUUUCUAUUAUAAUUAUGCAAUGUGCUUCAUAUAUGAACUCUAUGAACAGAUAGAACUAAAGAAAUUGAUGUUCAUAAAUUAGAAAUAAUCUUCCCAAGUUUCCUCAGCCUAAUAGAUAAUGGACGAUCCUGUCUUUCUUUAACAAGCAAUACGAAAUCCAAUACAUAGAAAUACCAAUUACGAGUAUUAGAGAAUGUGAGAAAAAUUAUCUUAGAAAAUUGGCAGACGGAAUAUUAAACCAAACGCAGACAGAUAAAUUGUAUAGUUGUUACCAUGGCGAUGGAAUUAGGAUUUGCGGAUGAGUUGUUACAAACUUGGGAUGAAAUGUUAUCAGACAUGAGAAGUAGUCAAGCGACGGGGCCAGAUACGGGGCAGUUAGAGACCAACAAGUUCAGAUCAAGUUCUGUAGGGGGAUCACCAAAUAGUACCUCACCCCAGGAUACACCCAGUACAGGACUUAAACAUCAACGCAGUGUUAGCUCAAAUGCGAGAUUAAACAGACAACGGUCUUAUAGUAAACGUAAUGAUGAUGAUGUCACAAUUAAACGAUCUCGAGCCUGGAGUACACAAUAUGAGUUAUCAUCUGAUUUACAUGAAAAACAACUGGAAAUGUUAGAGAGGAAAUAUGGCGGACAUUUACGUGCAAAACGGGCUGCAAGGAUAAUUCAACAAGCUUAUCGCAAGUAUACUAUGAGUAAAAACUUUGAAAAAAUGCGAAGUGUUAAAUCAGAGAAAAGAAAGCAUCUCACAAGAGGUUACUCUGAAAUGGAUGCCUCGAAUAAUGGAUGGCGGGAUGCCGCAAUGAAGGAAAUGGUUGUCCUUCAGGAGACGUCAUUUAAUAUGGCGACUAAUCACAGUCGCAUGGAAUCGACAAUGUUUGCACGACAACAGUAUAUGGAAAUUAACAAAUUACGGAAAAAUUUAGGCCAAGAUGAAAAUUUCAUGAAGGCAGCUACACCGCAACAUGCACGUCAAACAUUACGCCAAGGGACUAUAUCCUCAACGUCUGGUCAGGAGCAUAUCUACAUGCGGAAACCCCUCCAAAGGGGACAGGGUAUGGACCUUUCUAAUGGCCACCCUGUGGGUCAUGGUCAUGCCAAGCCUCACCCCACAGGCCCACCCACUAAAGCUAGACCCCCUCCCCCAAUGCCAAAACGUACCAGUAGUGCUACUAAAAAACCAAUAAGGGAUUUACCUAUAAGGCAACAACCACACGAGGAGACCAAUAAUAAUAGGAACUCUUACCCAGAGCUUAAUGACAGUAGCGCAAGUGCCUCCCCUGCAGAUACCCCGUCAGAAAGCACCAUAGAUCUCCCAAGUGUUAACUUUGAAAACUUACUUGAGAGCAAAGAAACUGAUAUCCUCAGUGAUAGCUUUCAUAGUGAUCUUAGCAGUCUUAAUAGCUCAUCAAAUGUAUCUCAACAACAAGCGAACAAUUCACAUGAACAGGGUAUGUAUCCAAACAGUCAAGGGAGUAGUCAAUCUAGUCUAACUAGUCGACACUCUCAAGAAAGGACGUUAACAAGAGAUAGUGACUCUUCACAACGUAGUAGCGAUAAUCUCAAUUCACCAAUGGAGUUUGACCAAUCAGAUCGCUCAUAUGAACGUUUCAGGAGUCAUUGUUCCGCAGGGUCUUUAGACUCUGAUUCAUUUUUAACUGAUGUGCAAAUUAAGGUUGAAGGUCCAACCCCAACUGAGGAGAAUGUCGAAGAGGAUACAUUUGAUAUAGAUAAUAUAGAGUACCCUGCUCCUAUGGAGCUUAUUAAAGUCUAUGCCAAUACAGAAGUUAAACUUAGAAAUAAUAGAUGGCGGCAACAAAGUGGCGACAGCAACAAAACUUUAACAAAUGAUAGCCACUAUAAUGGCGAUCCUAUCAUUGAAGAAGAAUGUAUAAGUGAAGUAGGUACUACUCAAGGAAGGGGACCCCACGCUUCACCCAUUUGGAAGCGAAAACAAGGGGGAGGUCCAGGCCCAAGUCCUCAAGCCCGAUCCAUAGAUACAUCCCAUAAUAACCUAGGUAACCAUGGUACCUGCAGUCAGGGUUCCCUUGGAAGUCUCGACGAUAAACGCAUGAGUAAUAUUUCUGAAGCUAGUGAACCAGAUAGUUUAGAAGGAGCAGUUUCUAGCUCCCCAAGUUCAGACAAUAUCAGUAUGGGAAGUGAGCAUAGUAUGGGAACGGGGUACCAGAAACUGCCACCAAACAUGGUUCAACCCCCGCUUAGAGCGCCACCUAAGAUAUCUGACAAACAGCGUAAAAGGCAGUACAGGAUUGGCCUCAAUCUAUUCAAUAAAAAACCUGACAAAGGAAUCUGGUACCUGAUUGAGCGUAGAUUCCUAGAGCAUUCUCCAAGUGCAGUUGCAAGAUUCCUCAUCUCCAGGAAAGGCCUCAGCAAGUACCACAUUGGAGACUACUUGGGCAAUCUCCAGAAUGAUUUCAAUAUGGACUGUUUAGAUUGCUUUGUCGAUGAGAUUGACCUAUCAGGGCUCUCAAUAGAUGUCGCCCUCAGAAAGUUCCAGACAUUUUUCCGCAUGCCAGGGGAGGCACAGAAGAUAGAACGGCUAAUGGAUGCCUUCGCUCACAGAUACUGCAUUUGUAACAGUGAUACAGUGAAGAACUUUCACAGCGCCGACACUGUAUUCCUGCUCGCCUUUGCCAUCAUUAUGCUCAACACAGACCUCCAUAAUUCUAGUAUCAAACAAGAACGCAAGAUGAAGGUUCAUGAAUUUAUCAAGAAUCUCAGAGGUAUUGAUGAAGGCUGCGAUGUAGACAGGGACAUGCUAGUAGGCAUCUAUGAGCGAGUGAAAGCUCAUGAGUUCAAAUCUGGCACUGAUCACGUCACACAAGUCCAGAAGGUUGAACAGACAAUCGUCGGCAAGAAACCCCAAUUGUCACUGCCUCACAGACGUCUAGUAUGCUACUGUCGCUUAUACGAGGUUCAUGACCCUAACAAGAAAGAGAAGCUUGGGCUACACCAGCGGGAGGUCUUCCUAUUCAAUGAUAUCCUUGUGGUGACAAAGAUCUUCAACAAGAAAAAAUCUGCGAUCACAUAUACAUUUAGGAACUCAUUUAACUUGUGUGGGAUGCUGGUCUAUCCCUUUGACACACCUCACUACCAACAUGGUAUUCGACUGACCACCAACAUUGAUGGAAAAGUCCUCAUGACGUUCAACGCAAGGAAUGAACAUGACAGAACAAAAUUCAUGGAAGACCUGCGGGAAGCCAUCUUAGAGAUGAAUGAAAUGGAAGCGAUUCGAAUUGAAGAAGAACUUCAGCGACAGAAAAUGGUCCACAACUUCACAACAACAAAUCUAGAAUUUAAUCGUCGUAGCAACGAUUCUGGUGUUGUCGAUAUUGAGUUAUUAAAACCUACAGAAAAUGGUAGUUUGAAUCGAUUGAGUGCCCCAGAAGUGAACGGAGGCCUGAAGAAGAGCACAUUGUCAAACUCUCUUAUUGAUUUGGCGGACAGUAAGUAUGGCGGUGGUAGGCGAGGCAGUGCUGGAUCACUGGACAGCGGCAUGGCAUCAACAGCAGGAAGUGUGACUGGCCGUGAAGACUCACCGCAGCCACCAGGUGGAGCCACCAGUAAAUCAAACAAACAGCAACCAAAUCCUGGACAAUCUGGUGGAAUGAAACUUGGAUUUUUUAGUAAGAAGAAGAGUAAAUCGUCAGCGAGAACUCAAUCUGAUUGUUCAGAUGCUUGAUUCUAAGAGAGGAAUAUAACUCCAAGAUGCCAAUGUAUUUACUAGGAAAAUAUGCCAAUGUAUGCCCACUAUGCCAGUGUAUUGUAUCUACAAUGGUAUUGGCUACUUUGUGUAGGCUGCACGUACAGUGGCCUCCGAUAAUAUAAAGCAUUUAAAAUGAAGUUGAUUAUUUUCUUAAAUGCAAACAGGAGUGUGUACAAUUGUACAUGUAUAAUGACUAGAAUUGUACAUGUAUAAUAACUCGAAUUGUACAUGUAUAGCUAGACAGACAUUGUUCACAUUUACUUUGAAAUUAUACAUUUAUAAUGAAAAAAGUGGAUCAAAUAGUUAUGUGAUACAGAAAUUUUGAAAUGGACACAGUUCCAAUAUUGAUAUACAGUGUGUCCCUUAAGUCUUUUUACAAUUACAAUUCAGAGUCUGUAAAGUGUAAAAAAGAAUUUAUGGACACCCUGUAUUUCAUUAUAUAAAGAUAUUUGUUAACAUACACAAUACUAUUUUAUAAUGUAAAGAUGUCAUAUUAGAUUCAGUUUCCUGAUUCUGAGGAUACAUCACACAUGUGUCCCAUUUAAGUGAGCUCUCCAAUACAGUCUAAUGCACAGACUGGAGAACAGCCUUUACUUGUUAUUCAUUCAUUUACAUUGACUUGUAAUUUCCAAAUUGAUCAUGAUUUUCACGAGGCUGAGCAACAUUCUGUCGAAAAGUCUAAAUUGAUAAUGAGACUUAGCAAAGCGCGAAUGGGUGUUGGAUUGAAUCAUUUUUACCAAAAAGAAAAUAAUUUGAAUUGUUUGAUUAUUAAUGAUACCUUGGCUUUU